CGCCCUUCCCCUCCCCUCCUUGUCUGCUAAACGGGUCAGCAACCUCUAAACAAGCACACACCUUUUAUUUGUGUUCCCUUUUUUAAACAAAAAAAACGUCGCCUUAGCCUUUUUAAAAAAUAAAAAAAAUUGUUUCUAAUCGAAUCGCGUUCUGUGUAGACCUCAUCAUGGCGGCGAGUGCGAAGCGAAAGCAGGAGGAGAAACACCUGAAGAUGCUGAGGGAAAUGACGAGUUUGCCUGCCAACAGAAAGUGCUUUGACUGCGACCAGCGCGGUCCCACCUAUGCCAACAUGACGGUGGGCUCCUUCGUCUGCACCUCCUGCUCCGGCAUCCUACGGGGUUUAAAUCCACCCAACAGAGUCAAGUCCAUCUCCAUGACAACCUUCACACAACAAGAAAUAGAGUUUCUUCAGAGACACGGUAAUGAGGUAUGUAGACAGAUCUGGCUUGGCCUUUAUGAUGGGAAAACCACCUCAUUGGCGGAUUUCAGAGAACCACAGAAAGCCAAAGAGUUUCUUCAAGAAAAAUAUGAGAAGAAGAGAUGGUAUGUACCUCCUGAGCAGGCUAAGGUGGUGGCAUCAGUCCACGCUUCUGUCUCUGGAUCUUCAAACAGUAGUAACAGCAGUACUCCAGAGGUUAGACCUCUUAAGUCCCUCCUGGGGGACUCGGCCCCUACCCUGCACCUCAACAAGAACACCCCACCUAAUCAGUCUCCUGUGACCAGCCGUGGACAAACGCACCAGCAGCAUGACAAGAAGUUUGACCUCCUCAGUGACCUAGGCGGAGACAUCUUUGCUGGCCCACCAAAAAUGAACGCAGGCGCCGGCUCGGGUUUUGCAAACUUUGCACAUUUCAACAGCCACACAACGGCACAGAAUAGCAACACAAAUGCAGACUUUGCUAAUUUUGAUGCAUUUGGGAGCACCCCUGGGUCGAUGUGUGGGUUCCCCUCAGCACCCCAAGCCCCGUUCCAAGCCUCGAACGCAGCAUUCACUGUGCUGUCAUCCAGUCGCAGUAUGUGUGAGUUUGCAAGUGCUCUGCCUUUCCAGGCUACAUACAGUAGUGCUUCAGGGGGACUAGCAAAUGCCACCUUUGCACAUUUUGACAUCUUCCCCAAAUCUUGUAGUGCCGACUUUGGAUCCUUCAGUUCGUUCUCCCAGAGUAACUCCACAGGAGCAAGCGGGGACGCUGUUCAGAGUACUAGCGUCCCUGCCGAUAGAUAUGCAGCCUUCGCUGACCUGGAUAACACGUGUAGCUCUGGCAAAACAGAGCAAGGAGGUACCACUAUUCCACCCGGGGUGCCUCAGAACCAUCGAGCGCUUGGACCAGGAGGGGACCGCUAUGCCGCUUUAGCUGAGCUGGAUACAGUUUUUGGCCCGCCUGCCCCCUCUAGUGUUUACAAUAACAACAGCAGCAGCACACAAGGGGCUGCUUUUAGCUCCGAACCUGGAGUAUCCACAGCCCAAGCACAACAGGUCCUACCUGGUAUGGCUCAAGGAUUUGGGGCCCAGUCAAGUAAUCCCUUUGUAGCUGCUGGUGUCGCCACAGCACCAGCACCAGCACCAGCCAACCCAUUCCAGAUCAACAGCAGAGUCGCAAGUGUGGCCGCAGCAGCCGCAUUUGGCACAGCGUCCUUGAGCAUGCCUGCUGGAUUUGGCAACGCUGCAGCCUACAACCUCCCCACCAGUUUUAGUGGAACCUUUCAGCACCCUUUUCCUGGCCAGGGGCCCUUCUCCCAACCGCCGCAGUAUCCCCAGCAAACCAAUGGUGGAGGAUUUUCAGUCUUUGGCCAGGGCAAGCCAGUGGGGACUCCUUUUGGCCAGGCGAUGGCUGCACCUAUGAUGUCCAGCAACCCUUUUUUGGGCGCAGGUCCAACUGCGCAAUAUCCAACAGGAGGUUCCUCAACGAAUCCCUUCUUAUAGCGUUCCAUCCACUUAGCUUCUUUUAAAGGUCGACUGCUGAGGCUUGCAGCUACUUCACUGUUUUGUUUCACAGGUAGCUUUAAAAACACGUUUGCAUGGAGGGUUGACACAGAUUGACGGGUAUGAGGCGACACUUCGUACAGCAGGGGUGUCCAAACCACAGCAAGCGGGUGUUCAUUUUGGCCCCCGAGACGUCAAUAGUUUAAUAAGGAAUCUGUCCCGCAGGGUGCCUCCAACUUAAUUUGAAAUAUCUGACAGUAUAAUUGUUAACACUGUGUUGCCAUCUUGUGGGCAUCGUGAGUAAUUCAGGUUAAUGAGUAUGAAUUGCAUGUUGAAGUGUAUACAGCACAGCAUUUUUAUAUAUGACCCAAUCUGAGCAACCUUUCCCACUCAUGGCGUAAAUAAAGUAACAGAAAAAGUCAACACACAUGGAACUUUGUAGAUAUUAUAAAAAACGUCCUAACACAACACAUAAUUAAAGUUUACACCUAUUUAAAGCCCCUGCAAUGCAUGAUGAAAAUAAUGCAAAAUAAUCUCUCCACACUUAUCCAUGUUUGCCGCAUUUUAGCUGCUUGAUAUUUCUGAUUCAUUACAAAACUUAAAGGAGGUCCCCACGGAAGUAAACAAGGUAGGAGUCAACUUUCACAUACUCUUCAUAUCCGACCAUAUUCAUUAUUUACAUUAAUAUAAUAUGUGCAUGUAUGUAUAUGUAUAUGUGUGU